GGAGCGGGGCGGGCGGGAGGAGGAGCAGGAGGAGCGGUGCAAACCUCCCUGCACUGCCGCGGCUGCUACCUAUUCAUUCAGUCACCUAAAAUGGCUGGAGAGAGGAGGUGGCGGAGCAGGAGGAGGAGGUGAGGGGGGAGCCGCAGCAGUGCCCCCACCUCCUCCGCGGCCCGGCGGAGCUCCCGGCGAGGCUGCGGCCGCCCCUCGCCCGCAGCACCAUGUCGGCCGGCCCGGACGAGAGCUCGGUGCGGGUGGCGGUCAGAAUUCGACCACAGUUAGCCAAAGAGAAGAUUGAAGGAUGCCAUAUUUGUACGUCUGUCACACCUGGUGAACCUCAAGUGUUCUUGGGAAAAGAUAAGGCCUUCACUUUUGAUUAUGUCUUUAACAUUGACUCACAGCAAGAAGAGAUCUAUGUACAGUGCAUAGAAAAGCUGAUUGAAGGUUGCUUUGAAGGCUAUAAUGCCACGGUCUUUGCCUAUGGCCAGACAGGUGCUGGCAAAACAUACACCAUGGGCACUGGAUUUGAUGUCAACAUAACAGAAGAGGAACAAGGCAUUAUAUCACGUGCUGUUAAGCACCUUUUCAGAUGUAUUGAAGAAAAAAAACAAGGUGCUAUUAAACAAGGACUUCCACCUCCAGAUUUUAAAGUGAAUGCGCAGUUCUUAGAGCUUUACAAUGAAGAAAUCCUUGAUCUCUUUGAUACCACACGUGAUAUUGAUGCAAAGAAUAAAAAAUCAAAUAUUAAAAUACAUGAAGAUUCAGCGGGAGGAAUUUAUACAGUGGGUGUUACAACCCGAACUGUGAAUGGAGAAUCUGAGAUGAUGCAGUGCUUGAAGCUGGGAGCUUUGUCUCGAACCACAGCCAGCACUCAGAUGAACGUCCAGAGCUCACGGUCCCACGCCAUCUUCACCAUACACUUGUGUCAGACCAGAAUCUGUCCCGCUUUUAACGCUGAUAAUGCCACUGAUAACAGGAUAAUAUCUGAAUCUUCUGAGAUGAAUGAAUAUGAAACUCUUACUGCCAAGUUUCAUUUUGUUGAUCUGGCGGGAUCUGAAAGGUUAAAGCGAACAGGAGCUACAGGAGAGAGAGCAAAAGAAGGCAUUUCCAUCAACUGUGGACUACUGGCACUUGGCAAUGUAAUAAGUGCACUGGGAGAUAAAAGUAAGAAGGCAACUCAUGUACCAUACAGAGAUUCAAAGCUUACAAGGCUACUUCAAGACUCUCUUGGGGGAAACAGUCAAACGCUCAUGAUCGCGUGUGUGAGCCCUUCAGAUCGAGACUUCAUGGAGACUUUGAACACGCUGAAGUACGCCAACAGGGCACGCAACAUCAAGAACAAGGUGAUGGUUAAUCAGGAUAGGGCCAGUCAGCAGAUAAAUGCUCUGCGCAGUGAGAUUGCACGGCUGCAGAUGGAACUCAUGGAAUACAAAACAGGUAAAAGGAUUAUAGAUGAAGAAGGCGUUGAAAGCAUCAAUGACAUGUUCCAUGAAAAUGCAAUGCUGCAAACAGAAAACAACAACCUGCGUGUUAGAAUUAAAGCAAUGCAAGAGACUAUUGAUGCUCUCAGAGCCAGAAUAACGCAGCUGAUGAGUGACCAGGCCAACCAAGUGCUAGCCAGGACAGGGGAAGGAAAUGAAGAAAUUAGCAACAUGAUUCAUAAUUAUAUCAAGGAAAUUGAAGAUCUCAGAGCAAAAUUAUUAGAAAGUGAAGCAGUGAAUGAAAAUCUUCGACGCAACUUGUCAAGAGCUUCGUCGAGAGCCACAUACUUUGGUGGACCAUCAGCAUUUUCUGCUUCUAUGCUUUCCUCAGAAAAAGAGACAUUGGAAAUUCUAGAUAUAGCCAAGAAAGAUCUAGAAAAGCUGAAAAAAAAAGAAAGGAAAAAGAAAAAGAGUGUUAAAGAGGAUAACACAGACAACGAGCAGGAGAAGAGAGAUGAGAAAGGCACUUCAGAGAGAGAGAAUAAUGAAUUAGAGGGAGAAGAAAUUCAAGAAGUCAGUGAUCAUGACGAUGAAGAAGAGGAAGAUGAUGAGGAUGAAGAUGAUAUGGAAGUUGUUGAAAGCUCAGAUGAAUCAGAUUCUGACUCUGAUGAAAAAGAAAAUUAUCAAGCUGACUUGGCAAAUAUCACCUGUGAAAUAGCCAUUAAGCAGAAACUGAUAGAUGAGCUAGAAAACAGCCAGCGGAGGUUGCAAACACUGAAAAAACAGUAUGAAGAGAAAUUAAUGAUGCUGCAACAUAAAAUUCGAGACACUCAGCUUGAAAGAGAUCAGGUUCUUCAAAACCUGGGUUCUGUAGAGACCUAUUCAGAAGAAAAGGCAAAAAAAAUCAAGUCAGAAUAUGAAAAGAAACUCCAAGCCAUGAAUAAAGAACUGCAGAGACUUCAAACAGCGCAAAAGGAACAUGCAAGAUUGCUUAAAAAUCAGUCUCAAUAUGAAAAGCAGCUGAAGAAACUGCAGCAGGAGGUGACAGAGAUGAAGAAAACCAAGGUUCGCUUGAUGAAACAAAUGAAGGAAGAGCAGGAGAAAGCUAGAAUGACUGAAUCUAGAAGAAACAGAGAGAUUGCACAGCUUAAAAAGGAGCAACGCAAACGAGAGCAUCAGCUCAAGCUUCUGGAAGCUCAGAAAAGAAACCAAGAAGUUAUCUUACGUCGCAAAACUGAAGAGGUCACAGCCCUUCGUCGGCAAGUAAGGCCUCUGUCUGAUAAAGUGGCAGGAAAAGUGAGUCGAAAGCUGAGUCUGCCUGAGCAUUCCAUGCAGGAAGCAAGUUCUAGUUUGUCAGGCGAGCAUGAUGGCUCCAGAACAGCAGCACAGCAGAAGAUGAGAAUUCCUGUUGCAAGGGUUCAAGCAUUAUCUGUAACUGCAACAAAUGGAACAGCAAGGAAGUACCAGCAGAAAGCAGUGACAAGCAGAGUUUACUCCUCCAAGGCAGCCAGGAUGAAGUGGCAGCUACUGGAACGCAGAGUGACUGAUAUUAUUAUGCAGAGGAUGACUAUUUCCAACAUGGAGGCAGAUAUGAACAGGCUGCUUACGCAACGUGAAGAACUCACCAAAAGAAGAGAUAAGCUUUCAAAGAAAAGGGAGAAGCUCAUCAAGGGUGGGGGUGGCAGUGAAACAGAUAGAAAUGUCCAGAACAUAAAUGAGGAGAUGGAAUCAGUAACUGCAAAUAUAGACUACAUUAACGACAGCAUUUCUGACUGCCAAGCAAACAUUAUGCAAAUGGAAGAAGCAAAGGAAGAAGGAGAGACCUUGGAUGUAACAGCAGUGAUUAAUGCUUGCACUUUGACAGAAGCUCGAUACUUACUUGAUCACUUCCUUAUGAUGGGUAUCAAUAAGGGUCUCCAAGCAGCUCAGAAAGAAGCUCAGAUCAAAGUUCUUGAGGGACGCCUUAAGCAGACAGAAAUUACUAGUGCUACUCAAAACCAACUGCUGUUUCAUAUGCUGAAAGAAAAAGCUGAAUUAAAUCCUGAACUUGAUGCUUUUCUGGGUCAUGCUUUGCAAGACCUAGAUAGCAUACCACUGGAAAAUUUGGAAGAUAGUAGUGAUGAGGAUGCCCCAUUGCAUAGUCCUGGAACAGAAGGAAGUUCAUUAUCUUCAGAUCUCUUGAAGCUUUGUGGUGAAGUCAAACCCAAAAGCAAGGUAGCCCGCCGCAGGACCACCACGCAGAUGGAGUUGCUGUAUGCAGCCAACAGCGACCUGGUCUGUGACAGCAGCGCUGCAGACUCUGCCCUGGCUGGCUCGAUGGCAUCAGUCCCAGAAACCCAAGAAAGUGGGGUGGCUGCUGAUACACAUGAUACUUCUGCUAGGGACAGAGAAUUUAUACCCCCACCAUCUGGCUUACCUUCUAAGAUAGGCAGCAUUUCGAGACAACCAUCUCUUCCAGAGAAGAAGAUACCUGAGCCUUCACCUUUAGCAAAGAGAAAAGCCUAUGAGAAAACAAUGGAAAAGACAAAGACAAAAGAACAAAAAUUCUCAGAUUCUGGAGCCCCAGAGGCUAGUCUGUCACCUCCUACUUCCCCACCAAGCCGGCCCCGUAAUGAAAUGAAUGUUUUUAGUCGUCUUACUGUUUCUCAGGGAAACACAUCAGUUCAGCAGGAUAAGGGGAUAAUUAACCCAUUUCCUGCUUCAAAAUGCAUCCGAUCGUCCCCGCUUCAGUGUAUCUAUACAGCUGAGGGACAUACCAAGGCUGUGCUCUGUGUUGAUGCAACUGAUGAUCUCCUCUUCACUGGAUCUAAAGAUCGUACCUGUAAAGUCUGGAAUCUGGUAACUGGACAAGAGAUUAUGUCUUUAGGGGGUCAUCCAAAUAAUGUAGUUUCUAUUAAAUAUUGCAACUACACGAGUCUGGUCUUCACAGUUUCAACCUCCUAUAUCAAGGUGUGGGACAUCAGAGAUUCUGCAAAGUGCAUUCGGACAUUGACGUCCUCAGGCCAAGCUAUGCCUGCUGAUGUGUGCUCAGGAAGCACUAACAGAACAGUUGCUAUCCCGGCUGGAGAGAACCAGAUCAAUCAAAUUGCACUAAAUCCAACUGGCACAUUCCUCUAUGCAGCUGCGGGAAACUCAGUGAGGAUGUGGGACCUGAAAAGAUUUCAGUCUACAGGAAAGCUAACUGGUCACCAGGGUCCUGUUAUGUGCCUUACUGUUGAUCAAAUUUCCAAUGGACAAGAUCUUAUUGUCACUGGUUCAAAGGAUCAUUAUAUCAAGAUGUUUGAUGUGACUGAAGGGGCUCUUGGAAGCGUAAGUCCUACACACAAUUUUGAACCUCCUCAUUAUGAUGGCAUUGAAGCACUUGCUAUUAUGGGAGAUAACCUUUUCAGUGGAUCAAGAGAUAACGGAAUUAAGAAAUGGGAUUUGUCUCAAAAAGACCUUCUUCAGCAAGUUCCUAAUGCUCACAAGGACUGGGUCUGUGCUCUUGGCCUGGUGCCCGGGGUGCCGGUUCUGCUCAGCGGCUGCAGGGCAGGCACCCUCAAGCUCUGGAACGUGGACACCUUUGCACCCAUGGCAGAGAUGAAGGGACAUGACAGCCCUAUAAAUGCCAUCUGCACCAACUCCAGCCAGAUUUUUACAGCAGCAGAUGACCGCACUGUGAGGAUCUGGAAAGCUCGAAAUAUAAUAGAUGGACAGAUCUCAGAUACAGGAGAUGCAAGUGAAGAUCUUGCCAGUAAUUGAAAUUACAGAGGAUAAAGGAAUACACUGAUCAGUUUGAGGUGCACUCUAUGCAGUUUGCUGCAUGUUUGUUAGUUAAACACUGAUGACUGGAAUGGACUGAAAAUGUGUGAACUCUUCCACUAGACCUGCUGUCCUUAAAAUAUGUACUGUAUUUAAUAACCUCUUGGUAACAUGCUUGAGUCUCAACAUUCACGUGUAUCUCUAUAUAUUAUGGCUGAAUUUGUGUGCAUAUGCAAUACUUGCAGUUUAAAUUAACUGGAAUUCAGUCUUCUCUAAUGACCAUCUCAAAAUUAUAUCCUGAAAUAUAUCACAAAAGUGCUUUGCUGUAUUUCACUCACAAGUAUGAUCAGCUGUUUUGCAUUUUAGGGUAACAGGGGAAGAAAUGUGUCCCAGGAAGAAGCCUUUGAUUAUGAGAGGCAGUUUGAAGAUUUUAAAGGUCACUUACACUGCUGUUAGGAAAGUGGAGUGAAUAAUAGAUGGGAAGAAGCUGUUAAUGAUACAUCUACCUGACAUGGCUGUAUCCUGCUAACAGCAAAUGCCAUAUGAGUUGUGUGUUGAUAGCAUAUAAUCUGUGUUGACCAAAGUUGUGCAGCUGUGUAUACUCUGUGCUCAGGACUAGAACUCAAAUGCCCACAAAUGGCUGUGUUUUAUUUGUGUUUUGCCUAUGUUCUGCAAUGUCUAGGUGUUCUUAAUGUCAUGACAAAUAUAUCUUAAUCUAUUUUUCUUAUGGAUUUGUUUCUAUCAUCUCACAUUUUCUUUUUUUAAAGCAAAUUGUCUUUCCUUUUUAUCUAAUUUUAUAUGCUGCUAAAUGUAUUUUAAAGACACUGUUUUGCAAACCUUGGCAGUUACUUUGAGAACUGAACCACGUAUAUUGGAAAAAGCUAUGUAAAUAGAUGGUUGUAUAAAGAAAAUAUCUUAUCUCGUGCCUGUAUGACUUUUAAAGCUCUUGGAACCUGGAUACUGAGGGAGGAUGUAUAAUUUACCCAACUGCUCUGAAUAUUAAUUUGUAAAUUCUGCAAACUUUAAAAUUUUAUGUAGAUUCAGAAACAGUGUUUGGAUAUUGAGGUUUUUUUGGUUGUUUUGUUUUUAUUUUUCAGAAAAUAUCAGUCUGUAAAUUAUAGCUUGUGUAGGUAACAAAUAAAGAUGUGAAUGUGAA